AUGGAUUGUAAUCAGACGGAAAACAAGGAAAGUAUCAUCGCCAACGUGCAAAAAUUCAUGCAAGAUGGGUGCGGAUGUCGUCGAGAAUUGAAAAGUAGUCAGUGUUCUGAUCAACUUACAGAGGAAACCGUUCUAGAUAAUCUAUACAACUGCCUGGAACUGUCUCACGUGGAGCUGGACUUGGUUGUCUUAGCAAACAUUCAAGCUUUUACGGCAAUUGAAGCAAUCGGGGAAAAAAGAAAAAGAAGUCCACCUUACAGCUUCCUUUAUCAGUCUCAACCCAUCUGCAAGGAGAUGUUUCUGAACCUCUACGGCAUCAGCAAAUUCGGUUUCAAAGGCUUGUGGACCAUUAUGCGGGUAUCAGCGGCCAUCCCCAGGGGUCGACCCCCGGGCAACCCACGGGCUUAGCAGGGGAUUUGUAGCAAAGGCAUGCCCUGCACACGGGGCAUUAGAGCGCUUUUGCGUUUUUGGCAAAACACCCCGGGGCCAUACCCACGGGAUUUGCACGUAAUCUGCUGUUAUUUUUGCUUUCCUACAAGGCCCAAUGAGCGUAAGAAGUGGGAGGUUUUCUGUAAGCGAGCGGAUAAAAAAAUUCAAGACACUCGGUGAUCCAAGAAUCUGUUCAUUGCAUUUUAAGGAAAGCGACAUUGAGAUUUCAAUUUCAUACGGUUAGUUCGCAUUCGAAGCGUCUUGCCGAUAGGAAGAGACAGUGUGAUGAACAACCGCAAGCCAAGAAAGUUUGCCCCAGGAAGCUCGAAUUUGAGGACUCCAUAGAGACUUGUGUGGAUUUUAGUGCUGAUGUGGCUUCAGCAAACCAUGAUCACUCGUACUUUUGCAUCGAGGAACAGGCAACACCAACUAUAUGUUGCCCAGGUUGCUCCAGGGGUGGGGGUAUUUGUCCCAAUUUUUUGCCCUACCCAAGGGGCUUUAGCAUGUAUUUGUCACGGCAGCUGUGACAAAUGCCCUUGGGUGCCUGGGGGUCGACCCCUCGGGAUGGCCACUGAUACCCACAUUAUCAAAAUCAUGGUAUUUCUCUGCGAAUACACGGGAACAGCAAGAGACUACCACAUAACGCGCUACCACUGGACGUUGCUGAGGAUAUCAAAAACUUUCUGAGCAAUUAUGCAAAUGAAAAUGCUGUGCUGCUUCCAGGAAGGAUCCCUGGUUUUAAAAACGAGGACAUUCAGCUACUCUCAUCGAGCAACACGAAAAUGAAUGUAUGGAAGUCGUUUAAAAGAGCCUGUGAAGAGUCGAACAAGCAAGCUGUAAGUUACACUAAAUUUACCGACUUGUGGAAACAAUUUUAUCCAAACAUUGUCAUGUCGAAACCGAUGACCGACUUAUGCUUCACCUGCCAACAAAACACUUCGAAGUUACUACGAGCAGGCAAUCUUCCAGAAGAAGAAAAGUCCGAAUGCGUUCAAACACAACAGGAGCAUUUGAAUUCAGUGAAGGCAGAGAGAGAGCUUUAUCGAAAGGUUUGCGAAGAGGCG